ACGAAAACACUAACCGAGAAGGAUCAUACUAUCUUUUCUUUUUGACACCCCAAGCAGUUGAAACAGUGCAAAUGCAACAGACUCAGCAGCAACAGCACCAAGCCACGGCGGCAGCAACUAUCUCAACCACCACCACUACCACUUCCACCGGAGGUUUCACGGCUGAGGCACCGCCUAAGCAAGUUGCUAUAGCAAUGGAAAAACUCGGACAAGCUGAAAGAAUCAUCGCCGAUAUACGAAUUGGCGCCGAUCGUCUUCUCGAAGCUCUUUUCAUCUCCGCCGGUCAACCUCAUCAAGGGAACAAUAAGCCUAUUCAAGUUUUCGUUAAAGAACAUGAAUGUAUGCAACAGCAUUUUCAAGAUCUUCGAUCUCUUGGAAAGGAGCUUGAGGAAGCUGCAGUUCUCAGUGAAUCGGCUCGGUCGCGGAAGGAUGUUUGGGGAUUGAAUAUGCCAUUGGUUUGUCCGGAUGGCGCCGUCGUUGCUUAUGCUUGGAAACGACAACUCGCUGCUCAAGCUGGUGCUUCUGCCACUGAUAGGAGUAGGUUAGCUCUCAAAGCUUUUACUGAUCAGAAAAGACGUUUUUUCCCCCAUCUUGAGGAUGGAAUUGAGACUAAUGAAUCAAUUUCAAAGAAACAAUGUGGGUCUGAAGAAGUUGCAUUUGAUCCUAAGGAAGAAAUUAGUUUUCUAAGGACAUUACCAGAUGUUCUCAAGUCCUUGGAAAAGGAUGUGCCAAAUGUGAAAAUUUCAACUUUUGAACGACUGGACUGGUUAAAAACUGCUUCCACACUUGCUUCUUCAUCAAAUGAGAGUUCUGAGGAACAUAACUAUCGUGGUUCUAAUAAGCGAAGGUUAGGAUCAAUGGUUGUUCCAGAGAAGGUUGCAGUGAUAGAAUUGUUGUUCCCAUCUAUCUUAAGAGCUGUUAUAUCCUUGCAUCCUGCUGGUUCCACUGUUCCUGAUGCUGUAGCUUUCUUUUCUCCAGACGAGAGCGGAAGCUAUGUACAUGCAAGAGGAUUAUCAGUUCAUCAUGUGUAUAGACAUAUUACGGAAUAUGCAACGAUAGCUGUACAAUAUUUUCUUGGUAACCAAGCUGAAACAUCACUGUAUUCUCUUUUGCACUGGAUUUGCAGCUACCAGACUCUAUUUUCAAAACCAUGCAGAAAAUGUUCAAAGCUACUUGCCAUGGAUAAACAAGCAAAUUUGUUGUUACCCCCAGUCCACCGGCCCUACUGGAAGUUUUCCUUUGCAAGAAUUUUGUCAACCAUAUCUUCAAAGGACCAGAAUUCAGAUACUACUAUGGCUUAUCAUAUUGGCUGCCUCUCUGAGGAAAUAUGAUUACACUGACCUUUUUAUUUUAGGAUUUAUUGUUCAAAGAAACAUAGAUUGGAAAAUAUCAAGGAUUAUUAGCCUAUGUACAUAAGCUGAGCAAGCUGAAGUGAGCCAAAAGCGAUUCAAAACAAAAAUCCAAGGAAAUUGCAAGAGCAGAUUCACUAAGCGAGAAUCACUUUGCUUAACGGUUCACGGAGGCUUUAGUAACCAUAAGGACGAGUUAGAAUUUCUAUGCAUUUGAAGAAACGUCAAUUUGCUAGUAUGUACAAAAAUCCACUUUUCUAUAAAUAGAAACUAAGAUUCAUAAUUUUGUAUUGUAUCAUUGGAGAGUGAGUGAAAAACAUAGAAAAAGAGAAUUUUCAGCUAGAUUUCAUCAUUGAAGACAUUAUAGCUUUGAUUCCAAGUGUUUGAUGUUUAUCCGCUUCAUCUCUACUUCUUUGUGCUAGCAACCAUUAUUAGUAUGUGUAGGUAAUUUGUAUGUGUUAGGAUUAUGCCUAGUUAGAUAGGAUAUUGAUGUAAAAUCUUAAUCCGGUUGUUUCAUUAUAUCGAUAAUUUAUUUCUGUUAA